UUAGUCCAUCUAUGCUGUAAGUCACAGACAUCACCAUACGGAAGUAUAGCAUUAAGAAACAGUGGGGUAUUUUGAAACAGUUGGAAGACUUACCAUGAGUUUAAGCACGUCAAGUAAUGCCACUACUGGGGAUACCCAAAGGUUGAAAAAUCCCUCAUUGGAUGUAAAACAAAUGCUUAAAAAUGAAACAGAGUCAGAUAUCACUGCUGAUCUCAGAAAGAAGCUCCAUCGGGCUAAGAAGGAGAAACUAGAAAUGACAACUAAGCACAACGCAGAGCUGUCAGGCUACGAGAGCCAGAUUGCCAGGUUGCGGUCUGAGGUGGAAAAAGGAGAAGCGCAGCGGCAGCGUCUGGAGUACGACCUGGCUGUCAUUAGGAAGGAGGCUAGUCUUGGAAGGCGGGCAGCUGAGGAGGCGCAGAGGAUUCAAGAAAAGCUCUGUGCUCAGAAUUCAGAACUUCAAGAAAAGGUAAAUGAGAUUGAGAAUACACUUCAGGCUUCCCAAGAGAAAUGGAAAGAAGAAUGCAGGAGAUUUGAACACCAUCUGGAGGAAAGAGACAACAUAAUUCAAAAUUGCAACCGGGAAUAUGAGUUACUUAUGCAGGAAAAAAGCAGGCUACAAAAGACUCUACAGGGUUCCUUUGUGUAGCCCUGGUGGUCUAGAAAAUUCACUCUGUGGACCAGGCUGGCCAUGAACUCAGAGAGAUUUACCGGCCUCUGCCUCCUGAAUGUUGGGAUUAGAGAUGUACACCACCAACUGCCUGGCUAUAGUAGUUUAACUUUUUUUU